CCGUAGCAUAGCAACAGCGUCAGGCAUGAUUGUUAGGUUUUGAGGCUGUGCAUGUGUGUUUUCGCAGGUCAGUGUUGGAAAACACCGUCCGUUAUAUUUCAAUAUGGCAGAAGAAGCACAGGAAAUACCUAAAGAAAAUGAUACCGAUGUACAGGAUACACAAGAAUCCCCGAAAGCCGACGUAGAGGCCGAGAAAGAAGCAGGUCAGGUACCCGUUGCAGAGAUUACAAAUCAAAACCAAAGUGACGAGACAGAUGGGCCCAAAGAAAAAGAAGAUGGGAAAGGUGGUGAAGAUGAGACUGACAACACUGCCCCUGAGUUUGCAGCUCAAGGAGAUGGAGGAGAGGAUGAACCGAAUGACCCCAAAGAAGAACCGGUAAAGGAAUCAGAUAAAGAAACGGAAGAUCAGACUAUACCCAAAACUGUGGCAGAGGGAGAAGAAACAGAGGGAACUAGUCAAGUAGCAGCAGCGCAGGGGCAAGCUGCAGAAGAAAAUCCAUCUGAAGAUGUAAAACCAGAAGAUGAGGAAAAAGCAGAGCCAACAGAGGAACAAGGUGACGCUCAAGAGACGGUUCGAGACGAGGACUUUACAGAUGGUAAAGUGGAAGGUCCAGAGGAUGCUCAGCAUACAAGUGAAACUCCAGCCAAAGAGGAGAGGCCUCGAUCAAGCAGCACAAGAGGCAGCAAAAGACUUUCCCCUCAACCUGAUGCUCAACCUGAUGCUGAGGGAGGCACCCCACGACAGUCUCCACCUCCAGGUGCAGGGGAGACAAGCAGAACACCCCCACCCCCUGAGGAGGGUAAUGUGGGGUAUCCCGCCCAACCCCCUCCCACACAGGCUGAUGUUGAGGUUAUUCCUGACGCGCCACGACUCCCCUCCAGAGAAAGGACGGACACAUCACUCGAGGGAACUAUGUCCAGCUCAGCUCUGAACAUGGUGUGGUCAUUUGGCCUGAACCGCAGUGUCCCGGUGCUGAACUUGACCGAUGGCGUGAGGAAGGUGAUCAUGUACCCGUGUGCCCACGUCGGCGUCCUCUACGACUUCCACAACAACAAACAGCACAUACUGCAGGGACAUGCCAACCCGAUCACAUGCACGUGUGUGAGUGAGGACAAGCGCUGGCUGGUGACGGGGGACAAGGGCUCCGACUCCAUGGUGAUCAUCUGGGACACCUACACCGGCAUUCCCAUCCAGACCUUGUUUGAUCCAAAUCCUGAGGGAGGCGUGGUUGCCGUGGCGUUGACCCCAGAUGCUCGUUACCUAGCAACCCUAAGUGCUUCAGAAACACAGAUCCUGUCAAUCUGGGACUGGACUAUUGACGGCGAGACGCCCGUGUGCACCGCGGAGCUCAACCCCAAGUACGGCAUUCAGAACUACAUCUUCUUCAAUCCCGACGACAUCCACUUCCUCGUCACCAACAGCGAGUCCCAGGUCAUCUUCUUCCAGUGGGAGGAGCGCCGGAUGGAGUACUAUGCCCCGCCCCUCACGGACCAGGACUUCAACAAGCCUGUGGGGCGCUACAGCCAGUCCAUCUUCCAGGCCAGCAACACCCGCGCCCUUACAGGAACCUCCCUCGGUAACCUCGUGGUCUGGGACAACAACCAGGUCCUCACUAAAGUGGUAACAUCAGAGCAGACGGCCAACAAGAAGGCGCUGAAGAUCAUCAAGCUGCAGGACCGUGGCAUCAACGUACUCACCAUCACAGACAGAUACAUCGUCGUUGGGGACAUCGCUGGUCAUGUCAAGUUCUUUGAUCAGAGUCUCAAGCUUAUCUACUGGUACCAGGAUUUCGGCCUUGGGCCAGUCAAUGCGCUGUGCUUCUCCUUUGUCCCUGAGUUCACACCUAUAGCAGCUGAGAACACCAAGUACCCCCCAGAUGCCACCAUUGCUGCCAAGAAGUUUGUUAUCCGAGACUUUGUUGUUGGAAGCAGCAUCGCAAUAUUUGGCAACAUCACAGCAGAUGGCACCAAGGUUGAGGUGAUCCAUCGGGAACAUGACGCUUCCAUCCACGCCCUGGCCGCCCACCCCACACAUCCUUACCUAGCAAUUGGCAGCUACUCUGGGCUUCUCAAAAUCUGGAACUAUGAGCAAAAGGACGUGAUGGUGUCCCGGGUGUUUGAUCGCGGGAGCCACAUCCGCUGUUGUACAUAUGACCCUAGUGGUGGACUGCUAGCUGUGGGUUUCACCAACGGGUGCGUGCGUGUUCUGGAUGCCAUCACUCUCCAGGAGGAGAUGGAGGAGCCGUUCCGCUAUGCCCGAGAUGCUGUCACCCACAUAGCGUUCUCGCACGACUCGCAGUACCUGGCCACAGCUGAUGCGGAGUACACAGUGACAGUAUACAAGAAGGAGAGCAUGGACACCAGCACCCCCUACACCUACAUGGGGCGACACCGCGCACACUAUAAGCCCAUCAGGGAUAUCAUGUUCGGGGUGCAGCUCGACUCCACCGCCCCCAGACUGCUCUCCCUUGGGGAGGACCGGGUCAUGGUUGAGUAUGACCUUGAGAACAGUAGCCGUGACAACAUAAGGCUGUCCAGCACAGACAGGAUUGAGCAGAGUGCUGUCCCCUUGUGUAUGGCCUGGUAUCCACCAAUCACAAAAGAGCAUUUCAUUGUUACAGCUGAUGAUCAGUACAAGUUCAAGUUGUACAAUACCACCACGAAGAUGUGCAGGAAGACUCUUCUAGGGCCAACAUAUGGCACUCCUGUCACCAAGAUUACAGUGAUUCCAACAAAAGAUGAAGUCAAAGACAAACGGUACCUGGCAUACACAACAGAGGACAAAGUUGGCAUGAGUAUUCUCCCUUUGACCGGCAACCCACACAACAGCAUGGCGCUGGUCGCUCAUCCCAGUGGGGUAGCCAACCUGACAUGCAGUGGUGAUGGCCGCUACUUGUUCACUGCCGGCGGAGCGGACGCAGCCGUUCACAUGUGGGAGGUGAACAUCAAUGCUUUAGAAGCCCAGGCUCAGCUGGGAGGUGAGGAGUUGAUCCCGUUCUACGGUUUACUGGAUGGUGGCAGAGACGGCGACCUGUUUGCAGAGUUAGAGGACUACUUCUACUACGCACAGAUCAGGAGUCAAAGUGUGAACACCAUGGAAACAAGACAAGUGUCCAUCAGGAUCCCGCUGUCAGAGGUGCCCUUUGUGAUGAGAGCCAUGGGCUUCUACCCCUCAGAACAGGAGAUUGAGGACAUGCUGAAUGAGGUGAAGUUCAGCAAGUAUGUGGAGACUGGGCAGUAUGUGAGCGACAUCGACCUCGGAGACUUCAUCAAGUUGUAUGUGAAUCAUCGGCCAGCAUUUGGCCUGUCCCCGGAGAAGAUCUUGUGGGCGUUCGACACCCUUGGGAUACCCACUGACCAGGGUCCUGCUGUAGAGAGGGGGGAACUGCUGGAAAUACUGCAGAGCAAAGGUGAACACAUGACGGAGUACGAGCUGGCCGAGUACCUCACCACUCUGAUGGGCUUCAACCCCGAGGGGGGCAAGUGUGAGCUGCAGAACUUUGACGCCACGGCAGCGGGGGACCUCAUCGACCAGAACCUCCCCUACACAGUCACAGGGGAGAUGUUCUCCAAGGAGAUUCUAGGCUUCUCCAUGUACGAUGGCAACUCCACCCAGCCCUCGUAGACGGCGCUGUACAUGCCCUGGGUCUUGUUGUAUACAGUUGAACAAGUGUAGGAGUGUGUUUAUGCUGGAACUAUGGGCCUCUUCUUACAAAUGACCCGUGGUUUGGUAUUGCAGUCAGAUUUGGUCACCCUCGUCAGUGUCUGGACCAGGUGAACACACGCUGGAGGUUAUUAGCUCAGUGGACAAUGAUGUUAAAUGACGUGAAUGCUAUUGGAGUUAUGUAAUGUGAAUACUGCAACAAUUUGUGUUAAUACAACUGAGACUCAUAUCAUGUUUUACGUUAUAUUUAAGAUGCCACACAUUUUGAAUAAUAAUUACUUUUUUGGAAGGUUGUCAAUACAUAAGGAGGAGAAUUGAUGGAUGUCAACUUCUCAAGAAGUUCCAUUCUCUUCCUUAUGUGUGUUAAUUCUGAUUGUCAUUCAAAGACUUGAUUGUCAAUACAGUUAACAUCAGAUAAUUUUAUCUGUUAAAGCAAAUCAGUCUGAACUUCAGAAAGGCAACUCUGGUUUAAGUUAUGUUACAACUUUUUCUUUUUAUGAUUUGAUAACAUUCCCAAACUCUUGGUACUCAGUUGUGUCCAAACUGUUGUUAUUCCAUUGUGUCCAAACUGUUGUUAUUCCAUUGUGUUCCAAAUUGUUGUUACUUGAUUGUGUUCCAAACUGUUGUUACGUCAUUGUGUCCAGAACUGGUGACACCAUUCAAGUUACACCCACUGGGUUUGUAUGUACAAAUGAAACAGUGGCAGACAUUGUUUAUUUUCAAGUUGUGAAUAGUAGCCUGUUGUAGAUAUGUCAACAUGUAACAAAAGCUGUGAUAUGUAUAUUGGUCAAUAAAAUAAUUAUUUGCUA